GUAAAUAGAUAAAACAAUUGUUAAAUAUUUGCUCGGAAGGGAUCUAAAUUAUCAAAAUUAUUAAAAUAGACACAAAUCAGAAAAAAGGGAAAAUAGAAAGAGUGGGAGAUGGAAAGAGAGAGCAAAUAGAAAUUUUGUUGCAGAGUUGCAGUACACAUUCAUAUCCUCGUUAAUGGCUGUUUGGUUGGUUGGUUUGUUUCUGUGUGAUAUGAAGGUGGUCUAACCCUAAAACCAACUCCGAUUCCCGAAUUCGAAUUCAGAAAAAAACCCUAGAAGAUGUGCUCUUCAAUCUCAUCCUUCUCUCUCUUCUUUCCGUCAAAGACCCAUACUUUGUUACGCCGCCGUUUCAAUUUCAGUUUUUCAGGCAACCCAUUACACAUCAGGCCCAGAAACCCUAGCCACUUCCCCAUAUCAGCUUCAAUCGCCGAGAAGAAUUCGGGUCUUGAAUUUUCGUGGGUUUCUUCGGACAAAGCUUCGGACGAUGAAUACAAUGGUUGGGACAUUGUCGAAUCUGCCCCUGAACCAGUUCAAAAGAAAGGUACCUACACAUUUUCUGUAAUCGGCAUUGGAGCUUCAGUUGCUGCUGUUCUUGGUUUAGUUGCCUAUUUUUCACUCUCCAGCAAAGGUUUUGGUUUUCGGCUCAGAAGUCCGUUUGAUGCUAUACGUGGAUCGUCAGUGCCACAAUCGACUAUUACGAGUGACAUUAAAAACGAUGAAGUUAGUGAUGAUGAGGUAACGGAAGACGUUCACAUGGCUGAUGAAACUUCGGAUGACGUUUCAGAUGCAUUUGUUUCAACAGAGACGAGCUUUAAUAACACGAAAGAAGAAAAGCUCGAGCGUAUUAUAAUCCCGUUCGCUGUGGAUUCUGCUCAAAGAGAAGCUCUAUUGGCACUAAAGACACUCGAGAUCGUUGAAGGUGAUGUUAAAGGAGAUGAACUAUGUACAAGGCGGGAGUAUGCACGGUGGUUAGUGCUGUCAAAUUUACUACUGGAGAGGAGAAGAAAUCACCGUGUAAAUACCUCUGCUGCACUUUCUGGAUCGAGAAUUACUGCUUUUAAUGAUGUGGGAGUCGAAGACCCCGAUUUCGAAUAUAUCCAAUCUCUAGCCGAGGCUGGUAUUGUUAGAAGCAAACUGUCCGACGGCUCAAAUUCGAACGAAGCUGUCGAGUUUUUUCCUGAGAGGUUUAUAUGUCGCCAGGAUCUAGUUAAUUGGAAAGCAAAACUCGAGUAUGAAGUCGUACCAGGAAUCAAUGAAGAGAUAUCAAGAAAGAACAUUGGUUUCUUGGAUGUGAAGGAGAUUGCUUCAAACGUAUUAGUGGAUCUUUUUGUGGACAUUCGUGCCGACGAAAAAAGCAUAAUCAGAGGAGUUUUCGGACAGAGCAAACGAUUACAACCUAGUAAACCAUGCACAAAGGGUCAGGCUGCAGUUGCACUGACAAGUGGAAGAACGACAGAAUUCAUCAAGGAUGAAUUAUCGAGAAUCGAAGCUGAAAACAUUUUAAGGCAAAUUGAAUUUAGAGAAGUUGUGUCUGAGCUUCUAGAAAGUGGCAAGAUAAAGCAGUUUUGGGAGACGAAGAUUGAAGAAGAAAGAAAUCGUGGACUGGAAGUUGAAGCAAAUUACCGUUCCGCCAUUAGUGCACUGGAACAAGAGAAGAAUUUUCAAGAAAAUGCCUUGGCUGAAUUUGUGAAGCAAAAAGCAGCAUUGGAUUGUCAGGAGCAGUUGCUCUCGAGCUUAAAAGCAGAAGUUGCGAAUUUGAGUGAGAGAAUUUGUAUUGAGAGGAAUGAAUGUAUCGAUGAGCAAUGUGGGAUGAAGGAUAUUAAACGUGAUUUAGAGGCGAAUUUUGAAGGAUUGGUCGAUGCGAAAUCGAUACUUGAAGCUGAAGUUGAAGCGCUGCGUAUAUUGAGAUCUUGGAUUGAGGACGAGGCAAGAAAAAGCCAAGCUCGUGCGAAGGUCCUUCUAGAAGCAGGGCGAAGGUGGAAAUGGGAGAGUUAAAUUGUGAUGUUAAAAUCACGGGCAUAACGUAACUGCCAAAGAGGUAUAUUUAUAUUUUAUUCCUAGGAUAUUAGGAUCUUUGAGGAGGAUGUUGUAAUUUUCUUGGAGUUGAUGAACAAGACCAUGCUCUACUAUAAUGUGUUGUUCCUUUUGUUUUUUCCAGUUCGUGUUUUGUGGGAGCGCGAAUAUAGUCUUUGUCCGUUUUUUUUUAUAAUAAUAAUUGACAUCCCACUUUUAUACGAACUAGGGAUGGAAAUUGAAAUAGAAAUACCGAAUUUCCGCUGGUUAUGAUAAAAAAAUUCCGAU